CGUGACCGGUGUCAGAGUGACUUUGGUUCUAAAUCACUCAGUGCUACCUCCGCUGAACGGAGAAGCAGAGUUGAGUGGUGGCUAAGGAGGACUUUAUUUGGAAAUCUUAACGUUUUUGUCUUUUUUUUUCUUCUUACAACUGAAAAAUAAUUUGAUAUGUUCAACAGUCAAAUCAGGGAGUUUGAAGAAGAUCCCUUUUUCUCGGAUCCAUUUCGUGCUCACAGGGAGCACAUGCGGCACAUGAUGCGCAGCUUUUCUGAACCGUUUGGUGCUCCUUUAAUACCCAGCAUAACAGAUGAGAGAAACCGUGGACCCAACAUGGCAGGGCAUCCUAGGUCAUCCUUGGCACUGAGAAACGAGCACAGGGACAUGAGCCGGUCAUUGUUGCCCUUCGGCGGUACUAACAAUACGAUGAUGGAGAACCCUUUUAGUAUGUUUGACAACAUGAUGGUCAACAUGAGAAACAGGAUGGAGGACAUGCACAGAAACUUUGGGAACAUGCCCAAAGAUGCAAACACCCACUCGUUCAGCUCCUCGUCAGUAAUGACAUAUUCAAAGGCUGGAAAUGAGCCGCCGAAGGUCUAUCAGGCAACUUCGUCGACUAUUCGUGCUCCUGGAGGGAUUAAGGAGACCCGUCAAGCAGUGAAAGACUCUGAGAGUGGUCUUCAUGAGAUGAAAAUUGGACAUCACAUCCAGGACAGAGGACAUGUUGUUGAGAAGAAAUACAACAACAAAACUGGGGAGAAGGAGUUCAACCAGGACUUUCAGAAUAUGGAUGAAGCUGAAGCACAAUCUUUUGAUGAUGAGUGGCAGGAGAAGGUAUCCCAGUUUAAGCCAUCAUACCCCAUCUCUCGCCUCAGGGAACCUCAGCCCCGUGCUGCUCACAGAGCAGCCAUCACCGGUCCUGAGCAUACCCACAGAAACCAACAAAAAAAAGGCUGGAGGUCAAGACAAAACUGAAGGUCCAGACAAGACAAAGCAGUAGAAAAAUCAGUCAGUGUACUCAUUAAAGCCUUUUCAAGCAUUUUACAGCUCAACGCAGUGCUUCCCACAUACAAAGACACAGCACAGUGAAACUUGCCCAGAUUUUCUAAAUUAGACUGUUAAUGCGGUGUUAUACUGUAUAUUUUGGCCAACUGCAUAUAUUUUCUAAAGCAUGAUGCAGUUUGAAUAGCAGCAUCGAACACUCACUGAGUGUCUGCUGAACACAUAAAACGUUGAAUCAGUGUUUGUAAGAAUAACAAGCCAGUGCAAAUGAUUAUCUUUAAACCUCAGUGGUAUUAAUUUUACAGACUAGCUGACAAUGUAAAAUCUGUCAUAUCUUCCAUGAAAGUUACAGAACAUGCAAAAACAUUAAUAUGAAACUUGAUAGGACAGUAUAACCUGUCAUCAUUCAGGGUUCUUAUUCUUUCACACAUACCAAAAAGGGGUCAUAAAUAUUUCUUUGGAUGUUACACAUUCAACACCCAAAUUAAUAAUAUAAUCAUAUCAUACUCUGCUUUUAUUAUUAUAUAAAACAGAAUUAUGUAACAUAUAUCUUUUCUGUUGCAUUAUGUUUAGGACCAGAUGUUCUUGUUGUGUUUUAUCUCAUGUAAUCUUUGUAAAAAGACACUCUUACCCUUCCCUUUUUAUAUUGUUACUUUGGUUUCCUUUUCCAGCUCUUUAAGUCUGUGCUACACAGCACGGACUCUAGACAACAUACAGAUUUUGCUGAAACAAAUUAAGUUUUCUUAUAUAGUUUUACAUUAUUAAAAGUAAGGUGUGACAGCAUAAGCUGUUGUCUGAAAAUAAAAUAUUAAAAAUCAA